UUUGAGCAGGAUGAGAGAACCUUGGAGGUACCUGCUGGGCUUAUUCCUCCUGGUAAACUGUGCCUCCACCCACAGUGCCACCAAUCCCUUCGCAGGGCAACAGACUCCUCUAGACCCUUGUUAUGAUGAUAACGGAGCAGCCCGUCGUUGUAUCCCUGAAUUUAUCAAUGCUGCUUUUGGUAAGGAGGUGACGGUAUCUAGUGUCUGUGGUCGGCCUCCGUCCCGCUCCUGCAGUGUUGUAGAGCGUGGUGAUGAGCGUCCUUCUGUACGCACAUGCCAAAUCUGUGAUGCAGCUGACCCACGUCGUGCCCACCCUGCUUCCUACCUCACCGACUUGAACUCAGCCCAUAACCUCACCUGUUGGCAGUCAGAGAAUCUGAACACCUCUCCGCAUAAUGUGACUCUUACCCUAUCACUGGGUAAAAAGUUUGAGAUCACAUAUGUCAGCCUACAGUUCUGUUCACCACGUUCUGAGUCACUGGCCAUAUACAAGAGUAUGGACUACGGCAAAACAUGGAUGCCCUAUCAGUUUUACUCCUCACAGUGCCGACGUAUGUACAACAGGCCCAACAAAGCAACUAUCACCAAACAGAAUGAGCAGGAGGCCCUUUGCACAGAUGGCCACACUGACUUGUACCCACUUUCUGGAGGACUGAUUGCUUUUAGUACUUUGGAUGGACGUCCCUCUGGUAAAGACUUUGACAACAGCCCAGUUCUCCAAGACUGGGUCACCGUCACUGAUAUACGUGUGGUUUUAAGCCGUCCGCAACUCCCCAGGGAGCUUAUACUUGGGUCUGGAGGCAACAAUGGAGGGAGGGAUGAUGACCCAAUGGCAGUAACCUCGUCAUUGCCAACAUAUUUCUAUGCAGUGGGAGACUUCCAGGUGGGUGGGAGGUGUAAAUGCAAUGGUCAUGCGUCACGCUGUCUGAAAGACAAGGAGGGCAAACUGGUGUGUGACUGCAAACACAACACAGAAGGGCCUGAAUGUGACCGUUGCAAGCCCUUUCACUAUGACCGACCAUGGCAGAGGGCCAAUGCUCGCGAGGCCAACGAGUGUCUGCCAUGCAACUGCAACCUGCACGCCCGUCGCUGUCGAUUCAACAUGGAGUUGUACAAGCUGUCGGGGAGGAAAAGCGGAGGAGUCUGCAUGAACUGCCGCCACAACACAGCUGGGCGUCAUUGUCACUACUGCAAGGAGGGCUUUUACAGAGACAUGGCUCAGCCGAUCACUCACAGACGAGCCUGCAAAGCCUGUGACUGCCACCCGGUGGGCGCAGCAGGCAAGACGUGCAACCAGACCACAGGCCAAUGUCCCUGCAAGGACGGUGUCACCGGUAUUACCUGCAACCGCUGUGCCAAGGGGUACCAGCAGAGUCGCUCGCCUGUGGCCCCCUGCAUCAAAAUCCCUAUGAUCAACCCCACAGCUGUGGUGAGCAGCACAGAGGAGCCAGCAGCUGAUUGUGAAUCGUAUUGCAAACCAGUAAAAGGCAACUUAAAGAUCAAUAUGAAGAAAUAUUGCAAGAAGGAUUAUGCGGUCCAAGUGAACGUGCUGGACAUGGAGACAGUUGGGGACUGGGCCAAGUUCUCCAUCAGUGUGGUGUCUGUGUACAAAAGUCGAGGCGAACCCCUGAAGCGAGGUGACAACUUCCUAUGGGUGCACAUGAAAGACCUGGCCUGUAAAUGUCCCAAAAUCCAGAUGAGCAGGAGAUUCUUGGUAAUGGGUGGCAUUGAAGGAGGAAAAGGGCCAAUUGGAGGUCCAGGAGUCGGGCCUGGAGGCGGAGCUUCCAGUCCAGGACCAGAGCGCAUAGGACUGGUGGCUGACAAGAACAGCCUGGUAAUCCAGUGGAGGGACAUUUGGACAAGACGUCUGAGGAAGUUCCAACGCAAAGAGAAGAAGGGAAAAUGUGGCAAAGCAUGAUUGGAACAACAUGUUUAUUCCCUACCUCUCACUUCACUUACACUUUCAU